GCCGACAGUGCGGUGUGAAUCUGGAAGUUGUCGCCAUCAUAAAUGUUCAGCUAGCUCUUCAAGUCAGUCAGCUGUUCGAGGAUAUAUGCAGUUCACGACGCCCCCAUAACCCCUUUUUGUCUUUCCACGUCGAGCCGUUGUGAACCGUUGCGAUGUUUUAAGCCAGUGAAGUUGUAGCGGAGUAGUUUGUGAGGAGUCUUGAGGAGCAGCGGAGAGGAGGGCUGCUAGCGGGGCGUAAACACACUAACACUUGUGAUUAUCUGAGCGAAUAAAGGCAAACAGGCUGUGGGAGGGGGGGUUCUGUUCGUCAGCUGUGAGUUAAUAACCCAACCACACCACCAAGGGAGCCAGCAGCGACCCACUGGACCCUCUCGGAGCUGCAGCUCGGAGCUAACGCAGGGCUGAUAAACUGGAGCUGGCAUCCGCACGUUUCCCGUCUUUCACAGCAGGCUGCUGGGCCCCACAGCUGAGAGGAGGAUGUCCGAGGGGGAGAGCAAGCAGGCCCCGGCGGACGGAGCCCCGGAGGCGAAGCCGGACUCCGCAGGCCAGGCAGUGUCGUCGGUGUCCCCGCCGGUCUCCAUGGUGACGCAGCCUCCCGCCGCCACCACCACGGAGGAUGAGGAGGAGGAGAGCGAGGAUGAGUCGGAGAUUUUGGAGGAAAGCCCGUGUGGACGCUGGCAGAAACGCAGAGAAGAGGUGAAUCAGCGAAAUGUUCCUGGGAUUGAUAAUGCGUACUUGGCCAUGGACACCGAGGAGGGAGUGGAGGUUGUGUGGAAUGAGGUCAUGUUCUCGGAGAGGAAGAACUUCAAGCUACAAGAGGAAAAGGUCAAAGCAGUGUUUGAUAAUUUGAUCCAGCUGGAACAUCUGAACAUCGUGAAGUUCCACAAGUACUGGGCAGAUGUCAAGGAGAACAGAACCAGGGUCAUUUUCAUAACAGAGUACAUGUCAUCAGGGAGUCUCAAACAGUUUCUGAAAAAGACAAAGAAAAACCACAAGACCAUGAAUGAAAAGGCUUGGAAGCGCUGGUGCACACAGAUACUGUCUGCUCUCAGUUACCUGCACUCUUGUGAACAUCCCAUCAUCCAUGGCAACCUCACCUGUGACACUAUCUUCAUCCAGCACAACGGCCUCAUCAAGAUCGGCUCAGUUGCUCCAGACACCAUCAAUAAUCAUGUGAAAACCUGCCGUGAAGAGCAGAAGAGCCUUCACUUCUUUGCUCCUGAGUAUGGAGCGGUUGCCAACGUUACCACAGCGGUGGAUAUUUAUUCCUUUGGAAUGUGCGCCUUAGAGAUGGCUGUGUUGGAAAUCCAGAGUAAUGGAGAUUCGUCGUAUGUGUCCCAAGAAGCCAUAAACAGUGCCAUUCAGUCGCUGGAGGACCCACUGCAGCGGGAGUUCAUCCAGAAGUGUCUGGAGGUUGACCCCAGCAAGAGACCCACAGCCAGGGAGUUGUUGUUCCAUCAGGCCUUGUUUGAGGUGCCCUUACUGAAGCUGCUGGCUGCACACUGCAUCGUCAGCCAUCAGCACAUGAUUCCAGAAAAUGCUCUGGAGGAGAUGACCAAGAACAUGGAUCCCAACCUGGUGAUUGUUGAGGCGAAGGAGGGAGUCCAGAUGAAGCUCUCCCAGUUCCCCGCCCUCGAGUUGGACAAAUUUCUGGAAGAUGUGAGGAAUGGGAUAUAUCCUCUGACUGCAUUUGGGUUGCCGUGUCCUCAACAACCUCAGCAGGAGGCUGUGAAAUCGCCCAUCGUUCCCCCCUCGGUCAAAACCCCGACACCUGAGCCUGCAGAGCUCGAGACUAGGAAGGUGCUUCAGAUGCAGUGUAAUAUUGAGCCUGUUGAUGAGGGGACAAAGCAUCAUCUGACCUUGUUGUUGAAACUUGAGGAUAAGCUGAACAGGCACUUGAGCUGUGAUUUGUUACCAAAUGAAAACGUGCAGGAGCUCGCCGUGGAACUGGUUCAACUGGGCUUUAUCAGCGAGGGGGAUCAGCCGCGACUCACGUCCGUUCUUGAAGAGGCCUUCUCGAAGUUUUACAGCCGGAAUGGUUCCCUCAACCCGGUGACGGUUUCCUCGUAGCCGAGGACUCACCAGGCCUUCUCUCAGCCUUCCUCGUCCUCCACAACAGGACUAGCUUUUGCUUCGUGUCUGAGUUGCAGGAAAGCUUUGCGAGGACAGAGGAGGAAGCCUCGGUCUGACUGCAGAUCCUGCAGCCUGUCCUCGUAUCUUCUGGUGGGAAAAAGCUGCCACUAAGUGGCUGUCAGUUUCUAUUUUUUUUUUCCACUCCACCUAAUACAGCCAUCUGCUUCUCUUUUAAAAGAGGAAAUCCUAGUUACAACUUAAUGGAAAACACAAAUGUUUUCACUUUUUGGCUUAUUUCUGACACUUCUGAUAUUGUACAGAAAUGGGAGAAGUAAGCAAAAUAAAACGGGUGUUUUCCUUAAGUCAGUGUUAAAAUUGUAUUUUAAACAUUUUUACCUGAAAUUGUUUGAUAGUCGUCCGUAUGUUUGUUGUCUUGCAUACUGAAGUCUGUGUAUUAUGGUCUUGUGAGCUAAAGUCUGGUUGUCUGGAUCUUUACAUUUUCUCCCGAGCAGCGAGUGAGGCAUCGUCUGACCCUGUAUCAGUUCUGGACGGCUCUGAAAUGCAUCCAAUGGGUAAAAACAGGGUGUUGAUUUAUUUAAAAAUUCUCUUAAUUAUACAACAUAGCCAGAAAUAUUCAGCCGCAAUAGUCUAAUUGGCAGGUUAAGACAUCGAAAGAAGAAAAAACCCAUAUCUGAACUUUUUGUCUCUUUUCCUGAGUGAACAAUGUACUUCACUUCCAGCACGAACGGCCGAUGUUUGUUUCAAUAUACACUCAAUUCUUUUCUUUGAAAUUAAUGUUAUCUGCCAGGAAAUUGUUUGUUUUGUUUUUUUUAUGGAUUUUUUUUUAUUAUGGUCCAAACUGCAACACUUAGAAGGUUGCAUCAGUAUGGGCUCACUGAAAGGGUGUCUUAUGUUUGGCAUGUUCAUCAACAGACAGGUUGAGUCCAUGUGGCGCUGCUUUGGUGUUUAGCACUGCAUCAAUGAUUGCAACCAUGGUAACGGAGACCAAUACACCUGCUUCUGGAACUGCUUCAGUUCUCCACUUAAUGUCAUUUCAAACUUUUCAGCUGAUGCUCAUCCACAUAUAGAUGAGAUUGUUUGUUUUUUUUUUGGGGGGGGGGGGGGCACUUUCAACUUCAUCAUGGCUGAAGCCGUCUGUGCAACACUGUUCUUCCGCCUCUUAUUUUGUCAAAGGUUCAGACCACUCUUCUUUAACUGUUUGAUGAUCUCUCUGCUAGUUUGCACAAGCGUACACUUCUGUAUCCUGUUGGAAAUGUCCCCGUGGCCUCUGGCUUGUGCACACCAACAGGAGGAGCGUAGGUGAUAUGGAAACGGAGUCAUUGAAAAAGUCUUGUCUUCUCCACGCCGUGACGACCUGCUGACAGGGUCUGUAGAUACAAGUGUGGGACUGCCUGGCAUGCUUGUAACCAUCUUUUACACUGUAUGCUGGACACUGUGCUCUGUUUCCACGAUGCUUUUACCCUCUUUUUUUUUUUCACUUCCUUAAAUUAAAACAAACAAAAA